GGUUUAGAAAAACUAGGUUAGUAGUGCGGCAGUCAUGACAGAGGGGAGAAAGUAGGUCAAAGACUGAGUACCGUAUAUCCCAGUUUUUGAAACAUGGAUCAUUGAAUGGAGAUGGCCUAGCUGAUUUAUCUAAUGUAGAGCACCUAGCUCAGUGUCUCAGGAGUACCAGACCAACCAACCAGGAGGUACACAUAGAUACUGUGACAUGAUCCUGGGGCCCAUUGUUGUGCCAUUCGUCCGUCACCAUCACCUCAUGUUUUCAGCAUGAUAAUGCACGGCCCCAUGUCGCAAGGAUCUGUACACAAUUCCUGGAAGCUAAAAAUCCCGGUUGGUCCAUUGUCCAAAUACUCACAUCAUUUUUAAAGGGGUGCAACUUUGGUUUUAGAAGUUCGGAGGGGUCAUAACCUGGCGGGGGAUCUGGGGGUCCUUCCUCCAGAAUUUUUGGGAGCAAUUGCAAAUGGAUGGAAGGAAAUUCCAGAAGCUGGAAUGAACAUUUGUGAUUGUCUAAUGGCAGACCAAAGAAUGGACAUUACCUCUACAAUGAAUGAGUUCAUGUCCCCCAGCUCCAGCGACCUGAUCAGCAGCUCCAUCAACACCCCAGGCAUGGACUACACCCGCAAGAGAAAGGGCAGCACCUCCGACUACCAAAUUGAUGGAUUUUCUUUUGAGGAGUGUGGUGAUCACCAGGGCCGGAUAAAAAAUGCCAGGGAGGCACACAGUCAGAUUGAGAAGCGGCGCAGGGACAAGAUGAACAGCUUCAUAGACGAGCUGGCUGCACUAGUCCCGACCUGCAACGCUAUGUCCCGCAAGCUGGACAAACUCACGGUCCUACGCAUGGCUGUCCAGCAUAUGAAGACAUUAAGAGGAGCAGCAAACCCUUACACAGAGGCGAAUUACAAGCCGUCUUUCCUGACGGAUGAUGAACUGAAGCACUUAAUAUUGAGGGCUGCUGACGGCUUUCUGUUUGUUGUUGGAUGUGAUCGUGGGAAGAUCCUUUUUGUCUCGGAGUCAGUUUACAAGAUCCUCAACUAUUCCCAGAAUGACCUAAUUGGCCAGAGUCUGUUUGAUUACCUGCAUCCUAAAGACAUUGCCAAAGUCAAGGAGCAACUGUCGUCAUCGGAUACAGCACCUCGGGAGCGGCUCAUUGAUGCCAAAACCGGUCUACCAGUUAAGACAGACAUCACCCCUGGGCCAUCUCGACUGUGCUCCGGGGCCAGACGCUCGUUCUUCUGCCGAAUGAAGUGUAACCGGCCCUACGUCAAAACAGAGGACAAGGACUUCCCCUCCACCUGCUCCAAAAAGAAAGCCGACCGCAAGAGCUUCUGCACGAUCCACAGUACUGGCUACCUGAAGAGUUGGCCGCCCACCAAGAUGGGCCUGGACGAUGACAACGAGCCCGACAAUGAGUGCUGUAACCUCAGCUGCCUGGUGGCCAUCGGCCGGCUGCAUCCCCACAUCGUCCCCCAGCCCUCCCAAGAGGACAUCCGCGUCAAACCCACCGACUAUGUCUCCCGCCACGCCAUCGAUGGGAAGUUUGUCUUUGUUGACCAGAGGGCCACAGCCAUUCUUGCAUACUUACCCCAGGAGCUUCUUGGCACCUCUUUCUACGAGUAUUUCCAUCAGGAUGAUAUUGGCCACCUGGCAGAAUGUCACAGACAAGUGCUUCAGAUGAGAGAAAAGAUCAACACAAACUGUUAUAAGUUCAAGAUUAAAGAUGGCUCCUUCAUCACUCUGCGAAGUCGCUGGUUCAGUUUCAUGAAUCCUUGGACCAAAGAGGUGGAGUACAUCGUCUCCACAAACACAGUGGUCUCGUGCAGUAUGCUGGAUGGUGCAGACUCCAGCUAUCCUCAGUCUGCCGUCUCUCCCACUGCCUCUAUGGACGGUGUGCUGACGUCAGAAGGUGGAGGGAGACGGGCCCUUCAGACGGUGCCAGGCAUCCCUGGGGGAACACGUGCAGGUGCCGGUAAGAUCGGUCGCAUGAUCGCAGAGGAGGUGAUGGAGAAUCAGAGGACCCGAGGCUCGACCCCCUCCAGCCGUGGCUCCAGCCCCCUGAACAUCAGCACCCCUCCAGACUGUUCUCCAGGGGACAAGAGAAUUCAAAAUGGGACGUUACCAGGAGGACCAUACUCCAACCAGUCUAUUAUGAGUGACAACUUGCACCUCAGCAUUGACGACCCAGGCUCCAGCAGCCCCAGUAAUGACGAGGCAGCCAUGGCUGUGAUUAUGAGUCUCCUGGAGGCUGAUGCAGGCCUCGGUGGCCCUGUAGACUUCAGUGACUUACCCUGGCCCUUGUGAGGACAGGCCCAGAAUUGACCUUGCAGUCAUAACAGAAACCAUGCUAGCGAACUACAGCUACUGUAGGACUCAUUGGAGCCAAGAGCGGGACAGGACCCCUCCCUUGCCUGCUGAUUGGCACUCUUCCAUUGACAUUCCCCACAGGAUGAUUCAGUUAGCAUGUUCAAUGUAUAUCCUACCAGGGAUUUCUAUUGAAAACAUGUUUUGAUGCUUUUACACUACAAUGGUUGGAUAUCCCCAUUGACAAAUGUAAUGAAUACAUGGUAUCAGCAGUAAAAUAUUUUUUAAAUUGA